AUGAAGUUAUCGCUCUUGACAUUGACUUUAUUCUCUUUCGCUCGUGGAAAUAUUUGGCCUAAUCAAGAAAGAGAAUAUGUUACUGAAAAUCCACAUAAUAUUUUAUCCGAUUAUAACGUGCAAGAUUCAUCGGUUCGUUCAUCGAACAUACCGAUUUUAUCAACGUCGAUUCUUCCACCCUUAAGAAAAGAUUCUAUUUCCUGGGCAGGAUUUUCUCGUAACAACGAAGGAUCUACAAAGAAAUCUUCUUUGAUCGUAGUCAGUCCUACGGAAGCAACUUUCUCUAAUGAAAACGAAAUGAUGAUCGAGCCUAUAGCAGUAAAUACAAUUCAACGAUACAGUACAUCAUUUACAACACCUACCGAGAUCAUUUCACCAGAGACAAGAACACCCAUGUUCGAAUCAGUAAUUAAUCCAAGAACGAUAACGGUAGCUCCCGAUGGAAAUGCAAAUAUAAUUGGUAUCGAAAGGAACGAUGAAAUUGCAUCAGACGAUAGAUCGAAGAAACUAUUUCUAUGCGGAUCUCUACGGAACGAGUUGAUCGUGAGCAGACCUGGAAGUGGCUCGGUGUUUAUCAAAGGUGCAUCCAGAGUUGCCAUAAUCGAUGAUGAUGCUCAAAAUUCUGUUAUCGUCUGUCCACCAAGUACGAGUUUGAUACCACCAUCAUCGUUUACAGAUGAAAGAUUACCAAUGGAUUUAGAAAGGAAACCAUUGACACUAAGACCAAGCGUUAUUCUAUCCGAAAUACCUAAAACUCGUGGUUCCAACGAACGACCUUCGACAAUCGUAUUAAAAGAUUAUCUCUUACCACCGUAUACCAAUUGAAAAAGAUAAACAUGCAAAUAUGUUUCGCAAGAUUUGUUUCAUUGAAAAAUUAUUCGACCUAUCCGAACGUUUAAUGAAUAAUGCUCUUCUUAUCGUUCGAUAUCGUACGGCAAUAAAAUCAACUCGUUAUAUUAUA